AUCAUAAAAUAUUUCAAAAUACUUACUGUUUCAUCUUCAUUCAUUCUCUACUUGUGCAACUUUUUUCAGUGACUUCGAUCGUAAUGUUGAACUUUCCCAGCUUAUUCAACAAAAACUUGAUGCUUACAAAGCUGAUGAGCCCACAAUGGGGGAAGGACCCGAGAAGAUGAGAUCACAACUACUUAUCCUUGACCGUGGUUUUGACUGUGUUUCUCCACUUCUCCAUGAGCUAACAUUUCAAGCCAUGGCUUAUGAUCUAUUACCAAUUGAAAAUGAUGUAUACAAGUUUGAAGCUUCUUCUGGUCAUGAUGUUAGAGAAAAGGAAGUUUUACUUGAUGAAAAUGAUGAAAUCUGGUCCGAGCUUCGUCAUCAGCAUAUAGCAGUUGUAUCUCA